AUGGCUGCCAUUACUCCCCGGCAUUUGAAACCCGUGCCUUCAGGAAGGGACAGGAAGACAGCUUGUUCAAGCGGCCGAGCCUCCUCCGAUCCCUCAUACGGUCCGUCACUAGUCUCCAGAUCUCCCCCCUCCUCCUCCUCCUCCGAUCGAUCGCCUUCGUUCGGCCACCGCUUCCCGUUGCCCGUCCACGCGCUCUGCGUGAUUCUUCUCGCGCUGUCCGCGGCCGGUCGCGUGUGCGAAGCGCAGGACGAGACGAGCGCGGAGAUGCGCUUCCUGGAAUGGCUGCACGGGCUGGGCGGCAAAGAGGUGCUUCCGCAGCGCGCCAAGCUGCGCAUCAGCCGCGCGCAAGGCGGGGAGCGCGGGAUGGCGGCUUCCGCGGACAUCGCGGCGGGGGAGGAGGUGGUGUCCGUGCCGUUUGAAGCCGCCAUAGUCGCAGAAGAGAGCGACCCGGAGCCGUUUAAGGAGUGCGGCAUGCACAUGGUGCUCAUGGCAAAACUGCUGCGCGAGAUGAAGAAGGUGCUGCUGGAGGCGUACAUGCGGGACGCGUAUGAGAGGAGCGACAGGGCCGUGCUGGGUGGGGCAACCUACGGCGAGUUUCUAUGGGCCUUUGCCAUGUACCUCACCAGACACUUCUCCCUGAAUUUACCGCCCAGCGACCCCCGCGGCACCAUCAGCAUGUUUCUGCCCUUUGGAGACAUGGCGAACCAUCGCUUCCGGGACGAGUGGGACGAUGGGGACGUCGACUGGGUGGAGGGCGUCUACUCCGACCGAGCCGUCCUCAUCUCCCUGCGCCCCGUUACCAAGGGCCAGCCCGUCUUUGAGACGUACUGGAACGGGCCUAACGAGGCGUUCUGUGUGUUCCAGGCGUUUCUGCCUGAGCCGAACCCGCAUGACACGGUGACGCUGUUCCAGGGGCUGCGGCAUGCGGUGGCGUGGCUGCUGGGGUUCCUGCAAAGGGAGGGCAGGUUGCCGGAUUUUGUUUUGACCCGUUAUGUUGCAGAUGACAAGGCGGUCACGGUGGGGCAAAGGUGGAAGGGCAGUAGGCGCGCGCUCACGGCGUUUGCUGCUGUGAUUCGCGAGGUGCGGAGGCUGCUUAUGGGAGGUGGGGGUGCGGAAGGGGGUGCAGCUGGAAAGGAGAGUGGUGGGGGUGCCAAUGCUGCUGGUGCCGAUACUGCUGCUGCUGGUGGUGUAGCGCAGCACAGGGGCAGCAGUGCAUGGGGUUGCACAGCAGCAGAGGAGGCAGCACUAGGCCCAUCACCAGGAUCAGCAGCGGCGGCUGUGUUCCUAGCACAGAUUGCUCUAGUGGAGCGAUGCAGGGAGAUGCUGCACGCACUGCCCACCACACUGCAGGAGGAUCUUGCGCUGCUGGCUCAAGUCGCUGGUAACAUUGCUGAUGUUACAGGAGAGCUCGCUGCUGCUGCAGGGGAAACGGGGAAUACAGGGGAAGCGAACGUAGGUGGUGCUGGUGGUGGUGGUGACAGGGGAAAGCAGGGUGGUUGCGAGCGAACGGGUGACGGGGCAGGAGGUGGGGAUAGGGGAGAUUAA